AUGGCACUUUUUCAGAGUUGGGACUUCGGUGCACAAACUUCAGGUCAAUACACACCUGGUAGUACUGGUGUCGCCCCACCUAAGACCCAAAUCACCCAUUUCCUCAAACAGAAUGUCAAUCUGCUGCGGGUCCCAGUGGCCUGGGAAUUCCUCCAACCGGAAAGAAAUACAAAGCUCAAUGCUACUAACGUCAAAGUCUACCGUGAAUAUAUUGAAGAGAUCACAAGUCAGGGAGCGUAUGCAAUCAUUGACCUUCAUGCGUAUGCCCGUUACAAGAGCGAGAUUGUUGGCGAGUCGCCAAACAUGCCCGCUUCUGUUCUUGUCAAUUUAUGGCUUCAGCUAGGCGGUCUAUUCAAAGAUAACAAGAAAGUACUCCUCGGACUAUCCAACGAACCUCAUGACCAAGAUAUCGAUAAAUGGGCUGUGACGGUGCAGAAGGUAGUGACUGCCCUGAGAAAGGAUGGAAUCGACAAUAUAAUACUCUUGUCAGGAACAGACUACAGCUCUCUUAAAGCUUUUCCCGAAUGGUACAAAUCGAUGAAAACGGUCAAAAACCCUGACGGAUCUUUUGAGGGUCUUUGGUUUGAGGUGCACCGAUACCUUGAUACUGACAACUCCGGCAAAAGUACAGAAUGCGUUGCCAGUCACGCCGACGAAGUGGUCAAUGUUGCAAAGAUGUUGAAAGCCGACGGCAGACAAGUCCUACUUGGAGAAACGGGUGGUGGCAGCACCGAGAGCUGCAUGACAUAUCUCCCGGAACUAGUACAAGCAGUGGUGGAGGCAUAUCCUGUAUUUUCGGGCUUUGCUAUUUGGUCGGCUGGUGCCUUUGGAGCGACAUACGAACUGGUCGUCACAGUUCAAGACGACUCCUCGCCCACCGGAUGGAAAGACCAAGGCAAUUGGCUAUCAAUUAAAAAAUUCCUCCCCAACAAAGCUUCCUUGGCGCAUAGAAACAAGCCCUCCACCGGCGGUGCGAAAAAGAACGCAAGGAGGUCGAUCGUCUCUAACUGA